UCAAACCUGAGUCAUAUUUGUGCAUUAAAGAGGAUCUGGGAACAUUGAGCUAUCCCUUUAAACGUGCUGAAUCUACUUUGUGGGCAGAGGGGCGGAGACUGAACUUGAAGCGGUCCUCAACUGGAGUCAUAUUUGUGCAUUAAAGAGGAUCUGGGAACAUUAUCUUUUCUUGGACAUGGAUGAUUUUGUUCGUAACAAACUAAGUGAGUGGGGUCUCAGCACGUUGAUAGAGACUUUUAAAGAUCAAGAAAUCAAUGAGGGCCACUUUUACAAUCUUGAGGAUGAAGAGAUCAAAGAAUUGAUCCCAAAAGUUGGACCAAGGAAAACAUUCAAGCGACAAUUCAAGUUGUUAAAGAAAAAAUAUAACACAACUGCAACAAAACAGGAAACCUUGAAUUCAGCUACUCAAGUUUUGCCAUCCACCAGUGAAGCAAAUGAUACAAGAAACAUGGAUAUGGAUCCUAGAGAGGAGUCCAGCCAAUGCCAGUCACCAAGUGUUAAACGUAAACGGUACAACUCUGCAGCAGAGGAAUCCAUAAUGUGGAAAGUGAAAGACAUAAUGAAAGUCGUCCAGAUGAAACUUCAAGAUGAAGAGAAGACAGAGCUCAAUGAUUUCCUGAAGAAUAAAAUCUCUGAUUUGGAGACAAGAAAAAGGAAGCUGGUCGGUGUCUUUGGAAGAACCGGGGCUGGAAAGAGCUCUUUGAUAAAUGCCAUCGUUGGAGAGAAGAAUCUUCUGCCCUCUGGAAGUGUGUGUGCAUGCACCUCAGUCACGUUCAAAGUGGAGGCAAACAACGACAGCAAAAAGUAUGAGGCAGAAAUUGAGUUCAUUAAAAAAGAGGAUUGGAAAGAGGAGUUGUGGUUUUACAAGAAUCUUCUGGAUGAUGAUGAUGAUGAUGCUCGUGAAAAGCUGACAGCACUGUACAGAGAAGAUUGGAAAAUCAAAUCUGUUGACGAACUCAUGGACAACAAAUAUUUCAAAGAAAUUCACGAAUUCCUCACUUCGAACAAGAAAACGUUGAAAUGUGACUCCGCUGAAGAGCUAAGUGAAAAAAUUGUCAAAUACAUAAGUGCCUCAAACGAUGAGAUAGAUGCAGUGAGACAGUACUGGCCCUUAGUGGAAUGCGUGACUGUCAGGUUGCCUAACAAGGAUCUUCUCCAGCAUGUCACACUUGUGGACCUUCCAGGAAAUGGAGACCGUAACAAGAGCAGAGACAACAUGUGGAAAAAGAUGGUUGGAAGUUGUUCUACUGUGUGGAUUGUGGCUGACAUUAAUCGAGCAGUAGCAGAGAAAGAAGCUUGGGAGAUCCUGCAAAAUGCCAAUAGCCUGAUGGGAAAUGGUGGCGAGUGUCAGCGCAUUCACUUCAUCUGCACCAAGUCUGAUGAUGUUGAUGAUCAGUCAGGAGCUGCUGUCCGUGAUGUUGUGCUCAAAAGAAACCAAGUAGCCAAGCGCAAAGUGAACGCAGAAUUCAAAAAACAAUACCCACAAUGCAGCAAACAAUUCUCAUUCGAAGUGUUCACUGUGAGCCGCAAUGAGUUUAUUGAACGCAAACAUCUACAGCCAGAUGAAACUGAAAUUCCCAAACUUCGGGAUGUUCUGCAAAGUCUAAAUAACAAUCACUCAGAGGCAUUAAACUAUGUGUCUGGAGCUCGUGGGAUUCUCUCUCUGAUGCAAGGGACAAGAUGCAGGGGAGUGGCUGACAGUAAAAUGCAGGCUUUCAGCGUCCUUGAAGAAAAGAUGCGGCAUGAACUCAAAGUACUCCAAAAAGCAAUCGAUGAGAUUUACAGGACUUUUGAACGAUGCCUCACUGAGGGGGUUAAAGAAUCACAAGAUUCAUGCGAAGGACAGAUGAAGUCCAUGUUAGUUGCUGGAAAAAAGGGUAGUGCCUUCCACAAGACAUUAAAGUUUGCUGUUAUGAACAAUGGCGUCUUCAAAGCAAAGAAUGGAAGGAAAAAGAACAUCAACAUGACUUUAAGUUCAAAACUGACUGGCAGCAUUGAUGAGGAAUUCAGGAUGACCUUCCCAAAUGAAGAUAAAAGUGGACCACUCAAGGACGCCAUUGAUUCGUUUUCACUGGACACAGAGGGGACGAUUAAAACCUACAAAGAUGUUGAUCUGCAACUGCAUUUUCUCAAGACAGAGGAGGACAAACUCAAGACAAAACUCCAAAAAAUCAUCCGGGAGGAUAAGAAAACAGUCUACAGCAGUCUGACAGCGACAAUCGAGGAAAACAUGCAGAAAUGCUAUACAGACGCAGCAACGAUUACAGGAACCGGCUCCCUGGAAAACAUGAGGCGCACCAUUAAGGACCAUGUACAUGAUAAAAAGGACACCAUGUUUCAGAUGGCGAAAGAAAACAUGCUGAAGCAACUAAAUAAGUUGAGGGAGAAAAUCUUGGAAACGCUGGAGGAAACCCUGAUGGAAUCAAUCGAGCUGUCACUCUGGACAGAUGACUGCUCAUUCCCAGAUGUUUCAGUAGAGCUUGACAUGGUGGAGACAUUCUACAGUCAACUGGAAGCCAACCCAAAUCCAAACUGAGUUUUCAAACAGAUGUUCCUUACUGUCAAUGACAAACAAUGACAACACGUUACAAGAAUAACACAACAAAAAUACACAUUACACAACUAUAAUACACAUUUUCAUCAAGAUAUUAUCCUUGUUCUCUUUGAGUGUACUUUGACUUUGUUUUUUGUACAUUACAUGCAGCGAUUUUAAUGUUUUUUUUGGCAUCGGGCGUUUUCAUCAUGAACUGAUCAUAGUCUAAAGGAAGGUGGCUGACAUGCAGAGGUCCACAGUCUCGUUCAAACCAGGAACAUUGUGGUGAAAAUGCUACAGAUCUUUGCCACUGGGCCCCAAUGGCUUUGUCCUUUCAGUGAUAAUACGUUUUCAUGUUUUUCUGUCAAUGAUUUUAUUUAGUUUCUUUUGUAUUGCUUGAUUGGCACAUGAGUGCUCCUGAUUUUAAGGAUGUUUAACGUGAAUCUUAGAUCUUGAAUACCAGUUUUAAUUAUAGGCUGGAUUAGACAUAAACUCUUAGCUUUUCGAGUAAUGAUCUCAUAUGACUUUGUUUUAUUCUACUUUUUAUCUUUUUUUGAUCUUACUAAAUAUAUUGGAUAAAUGAUUAUUGGUGUGUUCUGGAAGGCAGAAAAGGAAGUGUGAAAAAUGUCACCUGCAGUGAGCGAGACUUCACUUAUUUCAGCUUAAGCUUUGUUCUUGUGUUACUGGCUGGACACCAAAAAUCUGUUGGCUUAUGCGACAUUAACAUUGUCAUUAUAUAUCGAUUAAAAUGUUAUUGAAUUUAAAUGUUUUCUGUCUUCAGGCCGAACAUUCUCAGUACAGGAAAGUUGGAGGGAUAGAGGUUGUGCAGGUUAUCAAACGCAGGAAUGAUUCAUGCAAGAAAACAGAACAUGCAGACACAUGGAUGGUCUAUAAAUGGGGAUGAAAAUGUUUUUAUUACUUAAAAUAAACAAAUGAUCAAACUGA